CCACUCACAAUUAUUUGCAAUUGUAUAAAUUUAAAUUGGAUGUAUCGGUACAUAAUAAGUAAACAAGAGAGAAUACUUUUAUUGGUAUCGGUUUGGAAAAAAAAUGGUAUCGAACAUCUCGAUUUGCCACAGUCCAAGCACACGAUGGUGCUCCAAAACUUCAACCUCAAGUUAUUUGAUCGUUUGUUUUUUGUUCUUUUUUUUUCAGUCAAAGGUCUUUGUGAAGUUAACCAAUGAGGCAUCUCCGUUUGACUGCACAGCGUGUGGGGUUCCAGCCAGAUUGCCCCACGACCCCCCUGGGAGGAAUGCAUCCCACCGAGGUCACCGUGGCGACCUCCUUUUGCUGAUGAUGUCAGAAUCUUGGUCCACCGCAUCCGGAAGUUGCUGUGCUGUUUACAUUCCACGCAGCUCGUCUUCAAAAAUGAGUCUCCCGACCAUCAACUCUACCACUUCUUUGUCCACCACCAGACGCAAGCGCGAGGCUGAACGCUCCGUCAACUGGACGGUGGAGGAGACGAAGGUGCUGCUUUGCGCCUGGAGCGACCAGCGCGUUCAGAAGAGUUUGUCGGAAAACCUCCGCAACCGCCACGUGUUCAAGCAUCUCUCGGCACGCAUGAGUGACAUGGGCUUCUCCCGGAGUCCACACCAGUGCCGCCUUCGCGUCAAAACUCUUAAGGCCAACUAUGCCCGGGCCAAACUCCAAAGGAGGUCGGACGCAUCCCAGAUGUGCACCUUCAAGUACUUUGACGAAAUGGACGCGGUGUUGGGGAGGCCAGUGGACGGCUCGGGAGUCGGUCCUCGCUUCCCUGCACCUGUCGCAGAGUUCAGCGAUCAAUUUUUCAGCUCCCCGGGAAGAGACCAGUUGAGCUCCUCAGAGGAAAAGGGAGGCCGUCACCCGUGGAAGUUGGGAUUCCACGUCAAGAUGGAGAACGGCGAAGAUUCGGAGUUCAGCGAUGCCGGAUUCCCGGAACCGCCGCGAGAGAGACGCCACGACGUUUACUUGGCAUCGACCGUCCGUCCUGAGCCUGCUGCACCAUCCCUGGAAGUUGCCAGUUCUACUCCCCCAGCCGUGAUCGUGGCUGCGCCAGCCGCACCCGGUGAUGCGCCGUCCGCCUCGGCUCGGCUCCCCGACGAUUCGUGCCUCCGCAUGGAGCCGGCACUCCAGCACCUGUCGCAGUGUUACCAACAGCUGCUGUCAGAGACUCGGACCCUGCUGACGCAGCUGGAGCGCCAACGGCAGGAGCAGGCUACCUGGCACCAGGAUCUCCUGGGCCAGUGGAUCCAAAGGCAGCAGGAGGCGGCUGAGAGGGAGGAGAGGCGGGAGAAGGCCCACAUGGAGCACCAGAUCCAGGUGCUGGAGCUCCUCACCUGUCUGGUCAGGGAGCAGCAGUGCAAAUGUGGAGGCGGGGUGACCACCACCACCCCCAGCGGGCGGGCAGCGGCGGUGUCGAGUGAACGCCAUCACUUAUUCACCAAGGGGGAAAAUUAAGACAUGAUUUGUAAUUUAUCGCUUGUAAAAUCUCACAUUUUGCCUUUGAACACUUUUAUGGACAUAAAA